GCGGAGGAGAGUAAAUACAACAGGAGCGCAAAAUGGCGGAACCGCCGAGCCCAGUGCACAGCGGCGCCGCCGCCGCCGCCGCCGCCGUCUCGGAGAAAGAACCGUUUGGCAAAUUGCAGCCCCCCUUCCGGGACCCACCGGGUCCUCUGUCGGCCAAGAAGGUCCGGACUGAGGAGAAGAAGGCGCCGCGGAGACUGAACGGAGAGGGGGGCAGCGGCGGGAACAGCAGGCAGCUGCAGCCGCUGGCGGCACCUUCGCCUCAGAGCUAUGGCAGCCCCGCGUCUUGGAGCAUUCCCGGUCUGUCUGCUGCCCCGUCCCCGUCCUCUGCUCGGAGCAGUUUCUCUUUUUCCGCUGGCUCCGCGGUCCCUUCCUCAGCCUCCGCUUCCUCGUCUCAGCCGGUGCCGCGCAAACUGCUGGUCCCUCCUACGCUGCUGCACGCUCAGCCUCACCAUCUCUUGCUGCCCGCCGCCGCCGCCUCCUCGGCCAACGCCAAGCCUCGCCGACCUAAGGAGAAGCGAGAGAAGGAAAGGAGGAGGCACGGCCUCGGCGGGGCAGGCGAGGCCGGCGGGGCCGCCCGGGAGGAAAACGGGGAGGUGAAGCCGCUGCCGCGAGAUAAAAUCAAAGACAAAAUCAAAGAGAGAGAUAAGGAAAAAGAGAGAGAGAAGAAAAAGCAUAAAGUAAUGAAUGAGAUCAAGAAAGAAAAUGGAGAAGUAAAGAUUUUGCUGAAAAGUGGGAAGGAGAAACCAAAAACAAAUGCUGAAGACUUACAAAUUAAAAAAGUAAAGAAGAAAAAGAAGAAGAAACACAAAGAGAAUGAAAAACGGAAGCGUCCAAAAAUGUAUAGCAAAUCUAUUCAAACCAUCUGCUCAGGAUUGCUAUCUGAUGUUGAAGAUCAAGAAGCCAAAGGCAUCCUAAAUGAUAACGUAAAGGAUUACAGUGGAAAGAGUUUGGAUAACAAGAACUAUGAUUCCAAAAUUCCUGAGAAUAGUGAGUUUCCAUUUGUCUCAUUAAAGGAGCCACGGGUUCAGAAUAACCUCAAAAGGUUGGACACUUUGGAGUUCAGACAGCUCAUUCAUAUUGAGCACCAGCCUAAUGGAGGUGCAUCCGUUAUCCAUGCCUACAGUAAUGAACUCUCCCACCUUUCUCCUAUGGAGAUGGAGAGGUUUGCCGAAGAGUUUGUGGAUCUGGUGUUCAGUGAAAAUGAAAACUCUGCAGCUUUCUAUGUAAUGGGUAUUGUUCAUGGGGCAGCUACUUAUUUACCUGACUUUUUAGACUACUUUUCAUUUAAUUUUCCCAAUUCGCCAGUGAAAAUGGAGAUAUUAGGAAAGAAGGAUAUAGAAACGACAACUAUGUCCAAUUUUCAUGCUCAGGUAAAAAGAACAUAUUCUCACGGUACUUACAGAGCUGGCCCAAUGCGACAGAUCAGCUUGGUGGGAGCAGUUGAUGAAGAGGUGGGAGAUUACUUCCCUGAAUUCCUUGACAUGUUGGAAGAUUCACCAUUUUUAAAAUGUACACUGCCAUGGGGGACCCUAUCUAGUCUAAAAUUAGAGAGUCGAAAAGACAGUGAUGAUGGUCCCAUCAUGUGGGUACGCCCAGGAGAACAAAUGAUCCCUGUGGCUGAUAUGCCAAAGUCACCUUUCAAAAGGAAAAGAACUACCAAUGAAAUAAAAAACCUGCAGUACCUACCUCGAACCAGUGAGCCCCGUGAGAUGCUCUUUGAAGACAGAACAAGAGCCCAUGCAGAUCAUAUAGGACAAGGUUUUGAACGACAGACUACAGCUGCUGUCGGAGUGUUGAAAGCUGUGCACUGUGGAGAGUGGCCUGCUCAACCCCGAAUAACCAAAGAUGUAAUUUGUUUUCAUGCUGAAGAUUUCUUAGAAGUAGUUCAACGAAUGCAGUUAGAUUUACAUGAACCUCCACUGUCCCAGUGUGUCCAGUGGGUUGAUGAUGCAAAACUUAAUCAACUGAGGAGGGAAGGCAUCCGCUAUGCCAGGAUUCAGCUGUAUGAUAAUGACAUUUAUUUUAUUCCAAGGAAUGUUGUUCAUCAGUUCAAGACAGUUUCAGCAGUAUGCAGUUUAGCAUGGCAUGUUCGGCUCAAGUUGUAUCACUCAGAGGAGGAGACCGCUCAGAAUACAGCUACGCACGAAACAGGCACAUCACCAGAUCCCACAACAUCAGUUCUUGGACCUCACACUGACCACGUGAUUUGUGCUGUAAGCAAAACCUCCUUGGAUUCUAAUUUUUCAGACAAACUUCAUUCUAAAUCUGAAUUACAGCAGAUUAAACAUGAACCUAUUGCAGCUGUAAGAAUCAAGGAAGAACCUGUGAAUGUUUAUAUUCCUGAAAAGACUAGAGCACCGAAUAAUAUGGAUGGCAAGAAUGUUAAAGCAAAAUUGGAUCAUGUUCAAUUUACAGAAUUUAAGAUUGACAUGGACUCUAAAUUUGAAAAUAGCAACAAAGAUUUAAAAGAAGAAUUGUGCCCUGGAAGUCUCAUAAGUCUAGUUGAUACAAGGCAACAUAGUUCAGCACAUUCAAAUCAAGAUAGAAAAGAUGAUGACAUUUUGUGCUAAAUUUGUACAUACCAUUUAAAAUUCUUUUUUUUUUAAAGUUAAUAAUGUAAUAAAGAUUCAUGAAUUCUGAAAGCAAGCCAAGGACUUGCUCCCAAGUCUGUUACAAAAUAGAGUUUAUGUAGCUUUGUAACAUUCCUCAGUGCCUGUCCAUAACUGUGAAGGAUCAAAGCACUUAGGGCCAGAUGCACUGUAAAUAUUACAGGUUUAAACAAAAGGAGUCUUUAAAGAAUCAUUUGAUUUGGAAUUGUAGGUUUUAGAAUAGAGCUGACAUUAACAUAUAUAUAUAUAUAUAUAUUUUUUGUAAUAUGAGCCAGAAUUCUUUUUUGACAAUUUAAGGCUUUUCCAUAGAGCUUAUUUAUACCGAUUUUUUUUCAUUUUAAUGUGUCAGCACUGUAGUGUAAAUAGCUUUUAAAAAAUCUUUUUAGUGUGAUUUAUACUGAAAUGUGAGCCACUUAAUAAAGGUUCAUAAUAAUAAAUAUGUUUUCUGUUGGGUCUGCAAAAAGACAAACUGACAAUUCAGUUAAGUCAUUUAUUUGGUCUAUUAUGUUUCUGCUGGUGUAUCCAUUUAGAGUGGUAAUGGAGUGCAAAUGUAAGUAUUCGAAUCUAGUGAAUAUUUAAAUUCCCCACACUGUGUAAGCAUUUUUGAAAACAAGAUUCAGUUACGAAAGCAUAUUUAUAUAAUGUGUGUAUGUAUGGGAAUAUAUAUAGAUAUGUAUAUCAUAUUUUGCAUAACUUCUUAAAUUGCUGAAUAAGGUGAAUAUGUGAAACUUCUAGCCUCACUCCCUGGAAUACAUUUUAAAAUAUUUAUAUUCAACAUUCAGAAAGCAGUUUAGGUAAUAGAAGCAAUUUUAUAAAGUUGGGAGAAACAAGGUCUGUUAGUGGUAUUGAACUCUUCUAACUCAUGAAGUUACAUGGCCAGAUUACAUAGCCCUAACGUAAAUCUUCUCUAUAUAGAGUGUCUGGAAUGAGAAGAAGUUGAGAAAAUGUUCUUACUAAUAAGCACCUGUAUAUUUAAUAGUAGCUGAGUAAAAAUCUUUAGUUACAGAAUGUUUAGUUGUGAGCAGUUAAAAUCCUCUCAACAUUUUUCUUGCAGAACAGGAGGAAAGUCUGACAAAUACAAAAUCUUAAGGGCCAUGACUCAACUGCCAUAUACAGAGAUAUAACUAACAAAAUAAGAUGUUACCUCAUUUUUCUAAGGAUCCUUCUCCCUACCUUUUUCUCAAAAAAGCCCUGGAAAGUAAAAUUAGGGUAGGAUUGCCAGUGCCUAGCUAUGGAUUAAAAAAGAUCUCUUCAGUGAUGGACUUCAGCACUAUUUGAGACUGCUUCUGCUACUGUAACUAAAAGUCAAACAGAUGUCUUUAAUGUAUGCUUUGGUAUAAGGAACACUGCUCAUUGCACAUUUAUUUUAUUUAUCUUUGGUAUUUUUCUGGGCUCAUACUUUGGUUGAUGACUUUUAACUGAGAUUCUUUGUGCUGUCUUUUGUUUAGUGUUGCUGUUGAAAUUGUUUCUGCUCCAGCCUCAUUUGUGGUACCCAUAAAACUGCUUAUCUUUAUGGUUAGGGAGAAGCCAGUUGAGGCAUUUCACCAGAAAAAAAUCAGUUGCAGCAGUGACAUCAUUUCUGGCCCACAGUUUAAAAGGGUUAGGCAAAUACUGUAGGAAAUCUCAAUGGGUUAUAGGAAAUCAAUAUAUUUGCAAUAUAGGAAUUUUCAUGGGAUAAGGAAGGUAUAAAUCAUGAUAAUGUAAAUAGGGAUUUUGUUUUAUGUUACUGUCUUAGCCUGCUCCUCACCACUUUAAUCUUCUCUGUUAAGCUAAAUUUAUCAUUUGCAUCUACUUUUUGGGGAUAAAAAAGUUCAUAACAAACCAGUAUUGAGAAAUAGGAGAGCAUGUGGUUAAAAUGUUUUCUUUUUUAAUUGAAGUGGUUAAAAUGUUUUUUUUUAAUUGUAGAGUGAUAUAUUUAACAAUACUUUAGUUUUCUAGUAGUAUACACAUAGAUACAUGAGAUCAUACAGUAAUAAAAUGUCUUUAGAGUAUCCCUCCAAAAUAUCUUGAGCCUUAAACUUUUAACUAAAAGACAUAUCUAAAAUAACCACAGUGGUUGCUUUUAGUUCCUUAUAUGACCAAUACUCAAAACUUCUCCAUAUUUUGAAAAUUUAAAAGUUCUGUAAAAUACAUAUAUGUAUGCAUUUUACAAUAUAAAUGAAACAUAAAUCAGUGGGCUCAAGAUUUCAAGAUACAGCUUUGUCACCUUGAAUAAUAUUAUAUCCCUUGUCUUACGGGUUAUAAUUUUUAAAAUCCUCUUCAGUUGCUAUCUAAGAACUUGCUGAUUACCUUUUUUAAACACACAUAAUUUCUAUUUCAAUAUUGCAUUAUAUUAAUGGUUUCCUAGUUACUCCAUUCCAGUUCUUUACCUGAACACUCAUUUUUUUGUUGAUUUUUCCAAUUUCUUGGACCAGAACGAUAAAGCACUUAAGUUGUAGUUUCCAUAUGAUCUUAUGCUAUAUAAACAGUUAUUAUGUAAAUUAUUAAAUUGAUACACAGACCUUAAAAAAAAAAAAACUAAGGUACCUCAGUGGUGUCUGCUACAGUGUUUUGUUUUGUUUUUUUUUAAUUACUUUGGUUCAUACCUAUUAGCUAUUGAAGAAGUAGAAUCUUUUCCAUUCUCAGGUUAGCUGGUUAGCUAGCAAAAGAAUUAAGCAUUUGUGAUAUUUAGUUGAAAACUUGACUAAAGCCAUAUUCAUUAUCUCCCUUUUCCCUAAGGCUGCUGACCUUAAAUAAAGAUUAGGUUGAUCAGGCACAACACUCGUGUGUGUGUGUGUGUGUGUGUGUGUGUGUGUGUGUAAGUAAGAUUAUUGGAAAUACUAUGUUUAUUCCCACAUAUAUUCAUUUUCAAUCCAUUCUAUAACUUUAGGGAGGGAAGGGCCAGAGAGGGUAGGACAAAUUGUAUUUCUUGUGUUAUGUCUUCAAGUUACUUCAUUAGUGUUCCUGAGUUUGAAACGGUUUUUUUCCCCAAAUACAUAAUGGCAGGUGAGAUCAUUUUUGUAAAUAAUAGAUUAGCACUGUUUUGGUAAAUUUGCAUUCGGUUAUUUUGUUGGACAAGUUUAUUGUCAUGUAAAGCAAAUAUCUAAAAGUUCAUUUUACAUUUAGCAGAGAUGCAAGAUUGUUUUUAGAGUUUGAGAGGAAUUUUCCUUGUCUUCCACCUUUCAAUAAAUACUAAAAUUGAUAACUGUAAUCUUUUUACCUUUGUUUUGUAUUAUUUUCUUAUAUUUGACAUUUUCAUCUCGUCAUCUUUAAAAGUUCUUGUUUCUUCGUCUUCAAAUGAAACUAGAAGAUCUUGAAAGUGAUUCCAAUCUGAAAGUCUUUUUUUUCUCUUAAAAAUUAUCAAAAGUUGACUCAUGCCAGCCUAGAAUAUUGAGGAUUACCUUAAAGCUGUUAAACUAGUUCGGUGUGGGUGCUGGGAUGGCAUGCUAAAUCACUUCCCUUCCCUCUAGACGGGACUAUUUCUGUCCCAGGAGGGGAGGACAAAAGUGCAUUGUUUUCAAGAUACUUUUAAGCUGGUAAAAAGUGACAUGAUGGGUUGUAGGUCUUCAGAGUGGUAGAAGAGCUCUUGAUUAUUAAUACUCCACCUGAUGUAACUACUUUGAUAUGUAAACAGAAUUUUACUGGUUUUAGAAUGCCUUGUCUAUUUCAUGAAAAAGUUAUGUUUGACAUGUUUGGCACUGACAGUGUACCUCAGAUAAAAUAAUUAAAAGGACAACUCGGAA